AUGCUGCGAAAAGUUGCCGGCCGGCCGUACAAGACGAUGGUUCACCGUCUGUCGAGAACGAGCGCUGCCGUCGCCGAGGGCAGCUCCUCCAGCAAAAAAGCGGUACUUCAGCUGGUGCGGUUCGAUCCGGAGAAGAACUGCUCGCGCGUGGAGAGCUACGAGUACGACAAGAACCACGAUUACAUGGUUCUCGACCUCCUCAUCGCGGUCAAGGCGCAUCAAGAUCCGACCUUGGCGUUCCGUAGCUCCUGCUGUGAGGGGGUUUGCGGGAGCUGCGCGAUGAACAUCAACGGCAUCAACUCCCUCGCCUGCAUCACCUUCGCGCAGAAGGUGACGACGGUCGGCCCGCUGCCGAACUUCCCCGUGAUCAAAGACUUCGUCGUCGAUUUGCGCUACUUCUUCCAGCAGUACUCGUUUAUUCGGCCGUUUGUGCGGAAUAUCAACCUCAGCCGCAGCCGUAUCGACGCCAUCGACGCGAAUUACCAAUCCAUCGCGCGCGUGAUGAACGGCGUGAGCCCGGACGACGCGGCGGCGAUGGCGGCAGCGGAGAAGGAAAGCAGCGGCCGCGAGCCCGCGAUCGGUGCGUUGCUGCGGCUGUGUGAUGCGUUUCGCGCGAGAGGGGAUAUUAGCGGGGUGAUCAACGUCCUCGAGGAGAUCGAGCGGCGGGGUGGGGUGCUCGAUCACGACCAAACGGUGGCGUUGAUUGAAUCCACCCUCGCUAGCCACCGCUCGGGGCCGGAGAAAUAG